AUGGAGGACAAGCACGACAUCCUGGCCAGGCUGAACAGGAUCUUUGAUCAUUUCUGGCGCAAACUGGCAAAUAAGCAGCACCAGCCUGUCGGGAACCAGUCGGAUGACCACUCGCGGCACAAGCCGAUCCCAGUCACACGGCAGAAGACCACAGCGGCGACAGCCAGCCGAGCCUUAAAAUGGCGGCGAGGCGGGAAACAGGCCUUGCCGAGAGGCGCACAUACCCACCCGGGUAGUUUACCAGAGAGCAAAAGCUUACCUUGGAAACACCCUCCAACAGCAGCAAAGGUACCAGAGGGAGCAGGUUCACCGUGGGGGCUCAACAUCCAUAACACCUUCCACAAGCCCAGGACAGCGCAGCAGCAUGCACCCACGGCGAGGGCUCCAAAUCCUACUCUUGGACCACCCGAAUGGAAAGCCACGCGGGUGCGAACCCGGCAGCAUCACCCAUGA